UGUAGAAGUGAGCAAGUAAGUGACAGAAAAAAAGGAAAGAUUUACACGUGAGCUCCGAAAAAUAACAGAUUAUAUCAAAUGGAAAAUGUCUCAGAGCCAGUUUCCGCAUUUGCGAUUUAUUCCAUGAAACAUAAAAAAGUGGACCAUGCUCCAAAAUUAAAAAGGCUCACAAGCAAGAAGAAAAACUCGCUCGACGUUGCCUCCCUUUACAAAGAGAAGAAAAACAAAUCUCCCAAACCCUCUUCGAUUGCAAAUAAUAUUAAGAAUAUCGCAAAGAAUGAGAAACUGAAAGAACAGAUGAAAUACACAAUAGAAAAUAAUCAAAGUAUUAUAAAACUUGUAAAUAAACCCCAAGAUUUCCAGCUAAAAGUUAGCAAACCUCACAAAACCCAAGUUGUGAAAACUGAAAAGUCGAAGAAAAUUGAGAAAUUCCAGAGAGCUGAAGGACCACUCGAAGUUUUAAAAUCUACAAAUAGGAAAGACAGAAAGCCAGGAAAAAUUGUUAAGAAAAAUCUGAAAAAAGCUCAUAUUUCUCAAAAUAAUGAGUUGCAAACAAUAACUGGGGAAGAGAUUGAAAAUAAUUGUAAUCAAAAGAAAUCAGUACAAAGAAUGAAGAAGUUGAAGAAAAAGCAGAGUCUGGAAGCAGCAAAAUCGAUUGAUGAUGAAAUUAAUAGUGAUCCUAUUACGAAGAGCAAAUCAUGUUUUGAAUGGCUAAUUUCACCUUUCAACGUUGAUGAAUUUUUAAAAGAAUCUUGGGAACAGCAACCUGUUCAUAUAAAAAGAAAGGAUAAAGAUUACUAUCAAGUUUUAAUGUCCACACCGAUGAUGGAUACAAUUUUGCGAGAGAAUCACAUACUUUUUACGAAAAAUGUCGACGUUACGUCGUAUACUGAUGGAGUGAGGGAAACACAUAAUCCUCCUGGUCGAGCAAUCCCGAGUAUUGUUUGGGAUUAUUACGAGAAUGGAUGUUCCAUCAGGAUGCUGAAUCCUCAGACCUUUAUUCCACAACUUCAUGAGUUCAAUGCCAUCCUUCAAGAAUUUUUCGGCUGUUUUGUUGGAGCGAAUUCCUAUCUCACUCCGCCCAACAGUCAAGGUUUUGCUCCUCAUUUCGACGACAUCGAAGCCUUCAUUCUACAAGUCGAAGGAAAGAAACGAUGGAGACUCUACAAACCCCGCGAGGAAGAUUUCCUGGCAAGAUUUUCUUCCAAGAAUUUCGACCAAUCCGAAAUUGGAGAGCCAAUUAUGGAUGUGGUUUUAAACGCUGGAGAUCUACUCUACUUUCCUCGAGGAACAAUUCACCAAGGCGAGACCAUAGACGACACUCACAGUCUGCACAUCACCUUGAGCGUUUAUCAGAAAAACAGCUGGACUGACCUUUUCGAAAAGCUUUUGCCGAAAGCCCUUGAGAGCGCGUCAAAACGAGACUUUCGAUUUCGCGAGGGCUUGCCUAUUGGCUCAUUGAGGCAUCUUGGUCUCGCACAUUCUGCCGACAAAGGUCCAAAUCGAAGAGCAUUUUUGGAGAAAGCCAAGUUCCUCUUGGAGGAACUUAUAAAACAUGUUGAUGUCGAUGUGGCUGCAGAUCAGGUUGCCAAGGGACAUCUUCACGAUUUUUUACCUCCUGUUCUGUGGGAUCAGGACCUGGAAUAUUCUGUCAUUCAGGAUGGAUGGAUUGUGAGGAAUGCGGGAGUUGUUGAAGAGAAAGUCGAUAUUGAACCGGAGACGAGGAUAAGACUUGUGAGAUCUCAUUGUGUUAGAUUAGUGGAAGAAGAAGACGCCGUCAGGAUUUACUACUCGACCGAAAAUUCUAGAGAGUACCACGAGUACGAACCUCAAUUUUUCGAGAUCGAUCGUCACCUAGUACCAACAAUUCGUGAAAUAAUUUUACAGUAUCCAAAUUUCAUCAAAGUUGAAGAUUUGCCCUCUUCUGAUGUCGAUAUCGAUUUAAAGGUCGGAAUCGUACACGAUCUUUGGGAAAAGUGUAUAGUUGUCACAGAUCGACCUCUGCGACGAUUGGAAUAAUAUUUAUGAGCAGAAUCCAGCGGAUUGGCUUCGUCGCCUGGGUUCCGCUGUCUUCCAAGCAUGUACUCAAUAUAUCCCAAGUAUCCGUCGUUGUCCAGGUCGUCUUCUGCGAGUACCCUGUCUAUAAGUUCUGCAAAAAGGGAGGUGAUAUUGCUGAUUAAUAAUAAUUAUUUUUAAAUACUACAAAACAAACACGCGCGAUUAUUAUUUUGUUU